CAGUGCAAAACUCUGCAGCUUGCAGAAAAUUCUUAAAGUUGUAUUGAUUGAAACCGUGCAAUUAAACAAAGACCAAUUAAACAUCCAGCGCUUAAGCUGUUUGUGUGGGUGUGUACUUGAAUCUAAACAACAACGCGAGACGAUAAACCAGCUAAGCGGUGGGCAGCGGUGUGCAGUGCGUAAAGCUGUUAAGCAGUCAGUUGUUUGGUUAAGCAGACAAAUAAACAAAUAGAUCAACGCAAGACAAGGCAAGGAACGGGCGUGGCUACGUUUUGCAUUAAAGUGGUGACGCUGGCUUGGCAACAGCAACAACAGCAGCCGCAACAGCAACAAGUAGCAUGGAAGAAGUAACGCUCACAGAGCCCGAGACACGUUUCUACAGUGAACUGUUCCUCUGUUGCGAUGUGGAGAAAACCGGCAAGGUGCCCAUGCUGAAAGCUACGGAGCUCUUUCGCUCGGCCGACAUUGCGAACGAGGCGGUGAUUGAGAUCACAGCAUUAGCUGGCAUUCCCUCGGCCGCGCUGCACAUUUCACGUGCCCAGUUCUACUCAUGCCUAAAGCUGAUUGCCGCUCAUCAGGCAGCCAUGCCUCUGCGUCAGGAACUGAUUGCGGCUACUGUGCAAUUGCCAUUGCCGCAUUUUAGCUGGAAAGAGGUGCCAACGACAACGACUUUAACGGCGACAACGACGGCCUGUGAAAAUGGUUUGAGUGCGCUGCCACCGCCACCGCCCACAGAUCGACGCAAUUCAUUGCAACGUCGUGCGGAUGCAGUGCGUCGCAAUUCACAACAGCAGCAGCAGGAUCAGCAACACGACACCUCUGAUGUGCCUAGCACCGAUUCAGAGGUAGAGCAAAACGAAUCUAGCUGUGGUGGUGAAUUUGACGAGGUUGUGGGCGUACCUGGCAGCGGCGGAGGCAGUGCGCUUGUCUCCAGCACCAGCAGCCGUGAAACGCGACGACGCGGCGCAACAUCACCGGAAGCUUGGAGUACAAACAGCGACAGUCCCACACCUACCAACAGCGUGGCUGAGCGUCCUUGGGCACAGGAAGCACUCUGGCAGGGCUUGCUCGGUGAUGAGCAUCGUCAGCUACUGGGCACGGAAGAGGAAUCUUCGGAUCGACACAGCAGCGAUGAGGACGACAAUGAAAACGAGCUGGUUACCUUGUAUCAGAUAACGCCCGAGCAACGCGAAUAUUACUACAAACAGUUCAAGGCGGUGCAAAGAGAUCCUCAUGGACUGCUAUCCGGUCAGGCGGCACGCAUCUUCUUUGAGAAGAGCCGCAUUCCUGUCGACGAGCUCCGUCACAUUUGGCAGCUCUGCGAUGUGACACGCGAUGGUGCUUUGAGUCUUUCCGAAUUUACAGCUGCCAUGCAUUUGGUGGUGCUGCGUCGCAAUAACAUUCCGUUGCCCACCAGCUUGCCGCACUGUUUGCAUCCGAAUGUGUUGCAGGCGCAGGGACAAUUGGCCCAUCAGCACAUACCUCAAGAGCCACCCGAGGCUGAUCUCCUGCAUUUGAAUGACGACGACGAGGACGAACAUACGGACAAUACAAUUAUUGCGGCCAACAUUAGUGGUGGUAGUGCCAAGGCAAGGCCUGUUGUGGUGCCCAACGAUAAGAAUAUUAUGAAUCUGAGCAGCAUUUCCACAUCCUCGCAGGCUAGCAAUAGUUCGCGUCGAGAUGUGACGCCACCGGCUGUGAAAAAUCGCAGUAUUUCCAGCUCACCCAACGGGCCGGACAAAACCGACAAAAUAAUAACAGCGGCGGCAGCAACAACAACACCAACACUGCCCGUAACUGGCAAAGACAAAAUCUGGAACUCUACGGCUGUCGCCUCUGCUGGAACAGCUACUGCGUCUAAUUCCUCUUCCACUGCCGCUGUCGGCGAUGCAAGUCAGAGCUCCAGUCAAUGGACAAAAUUCAGUGAAUCUCCCACAACCAUCAAUAAUAGCGGGGCGGUGGUGGCUGCCGCCACAACAACAACCACAGCAGCAGUUGGAGGAGCAGCUGCAGCCAACGCGCCAGCCAUCUCUAGUCCUGGUCUCAAACCAGUGCUCUUCGAUAUGAAACGCACAGCACAAGAUGUUGGCUCCAAUCCCCAAAUAUUGCAUCCAGUGCCAUUGCGUGUAACACCUAUUGGCACCGCCCUCUCAAACGUCGCCGAUGGUUCAAAUUCUCACGCCACGAAUGACAACAACAACGAGAGUAGCGUUGGAGCUGUGCGCGACACCAGUCCUAAGCCUAUUGUUGCUUCCACAACGACAGCAUCAGCGUCAAUCGCCAACAAUCAAGCGGCUCUACAAUCAUCCAACAGUAUACAUCGCGAUUCAAUACAGAACAGCGAUCUGCGUGCUAUUCAACGUCCCCAAGCAAAGAAGUUGCCGGCCAAGAAUAUUGGCGCUCUGCCGCCGCCUCCACAGCGAGAGUCGAGCGUGGGAAACAAUGUGGUUAUGACUGAGGCGCCGAUGUUCGAACCGAUGCCGACCAAUGUCGGUUAUGCCAAAAAGGAGCCGCCCCCAUUGCCGCCACCGCGUCCACAUCGGCAUGCGCGGAGCAGUAGUUUGGAUCUAAACAAAUUCAAAAUGGGCGCAACAGGUACACAACAGGCUGAGAUAACCGCACAAGCCAGUUUCGAUAUGCAAACUUCAAUUGGUUUUGCCGAUUUCACGCAGUUUGCCGACGACAGCGGUCCAGCGGCUGGGAAUGUUCUGGAGGGGAGCACCAAUGUGGCAGAGCAGCAGCAGCAUUCGCUGCCUCCUGCAGCACCGCCGCCACACAACUCGAACGCAGCUGCCACUGUGGCGCCACCCACACGCAUCUCGUUGCAAACGCAGCAGCGCGUCUCCGCCUUCGAGGUCUAUCGCAAGCCGAAUACGCCGCGCAACUCGCAGUCGCCGCCGCCUGUGCCGCCGACGCAGCCACCACCACCGGCGCCCUUCGGCGCAUUGGGCGCCACAGCCAUCUCACAGCUACCCAGUGCGGAUAAUUUUGAGAAGCGAGUGACGGCCAUCAGUGAUUCGCUCCGUCAUGUCUCCUUCAAGCAAAAUCAAACGACUACCACAGAGCUGCUUCAUCGACUGCGCGAGCAGAACAACUCGCUGCUCCAUCUCUGUAAUGAUCUCAGCGAUGAGCUUCUGAGCGUGCAGACGCGCAAGGAGGAGAUGCGUCUAAAGCUGGAGGCUGCUGCCGCCGCCAUCGAUUCCGGAGGCGCUGCGUCACGAACUGUGUCUUCAAUAUCGGCACCAGUGACGGCUAAUGUGACAGGCGGCUCCUCUGGAUCGGGCGGACCCGGACCCUCUUAUACAAAUGUUUAAGCCACAUUGAAAUUGUUAAAAGAAAAAACAGAACUCCCUUUGUUGCAUGCACAAGUUUUAAACAUAGCACUAUGUUGUUAAAUAUGCGUUAUAUCUUGUAUAUGCUUUUUUUUUGUCUUGCAGAGCUGAAUUUCAGUUGCCAAUUCUUUGCUAUUUUUACUGUAGGCUAGUUGAAUCAAACAACAACAAUAAACAAAUCAUACAACAAUAA